CUAUUUCUAUGUGCCUUACCACUAGAAGUGCGGCGUCAAGUAUAUACCUAUGUCCUGGACUCCUUCGGAACACUCCAGCACAUCACUAUGCGCGACGGAAAACUAACACAUAAGCGAUGUAAAGCGCCAGAUUUACAUGACUUCUUUCAAGACUGGAAAUCUAGGGAUAGCAUCUGCCAGUCCUACGACACGGCAUACCGAGAAAGUGUGAGGAAUGGUUGGGAAAUACUUCCUCUCUUGUUCUGCUGUAGACAAAUAUAUCUUGAGUUCGUAGAGAUGGUCUACAGCUCUAUCACCUUUCAGCUACCCAACAAUGCCGCCGAACGAUUCAGCACCAUCGUUCCCCAGACCUCUCUAGCCCUUGCACAUCUCCAUUUACAGUAUGGAGUCCAUAGUCCCAUGUACGUGAAAGCCCAAGACUGGACAUGACUUUACUCGCGAUGAAAGCAGUCAUAAAGCAGAUGAAGCACAGUGGGAAGGGCUAUGGCGAGCUUUUGCGCGAGUGCAGGUCGCCCACCUAGUUGUGGAGAUACUCGAUUACGGUGUCAGAGUACCAGAACAGGCUUUGAUGGCGCCCCUCAAGGGUAUUAGGCAGCCAAAAGUGAAAGUGAUACUUCCUUGGCCUAGGGGAUUGGAGACGAGUGGGGAUUUUAGGGAUGUUGCGUAUGUUGCGUAUGUGGUUCGACGGCCUCCGGAAGGGGUUGAUCUGAUAGUACACUUUGAUGUUGCCAAGGGCGGACCAUGGCCUUCUAAGCCGAGAGGACUACGGGAGAUAUUUACGAAGUGGCUAUGAAGCAGAUUGGAUUUGUAUGCCAAGGAUCUAGAAUCAGAUACCAGCGGAGAAAUACAUGAAAAUGAUACUUUCAUUUCGCG